AUGGCCGUGUCAGAUGAGACGUCCCACCUGCUUCCUCCAUCCCCCAAGCAGAUCUCGUACAGUACGCACGUCCAACGUCUGCGUCGGGCGUCCCCCGGUACAAAACCUGUACCCGUUGUCGCCGCCACCGCAUUCGAUGUCGAGUCGACGUCCGAACAAGCGGAACUCGGAACGUCCGUCUUGCGAUCGUUCGGUCAACAACCGGCAGCGUCUCUGCUGUCUCUUUGCCGCCAGUUGGGCCGCAAUUGCGCGGUGCCGUUCACGCUCCUCAUGUCGGCCAUUGGUGCGGGUACGUUGGCAGUGCCCUAUACGUUUGUGCUGUUGUCGCCGAUUCCGGCGACUUCCGUGCUGUGCUGCGUGGGACUUGCGAUGGGUUACACAGCGGAUACACUCAUCGACCUGCAGGUUUCGAUGGCAAUCGAAAGCACAGCGAGUGGAGUGCGGCAGCGUCUCGAGACGUAUCAGCAUCUGGCGGAGAAAGCGGGUGGCAAAUCGCUGGCGCGCUUGACGGGGACCUUGACGGCUUUUGCCGUGUUUGGGGCGUGUGUCGGCUGCGUCUGUGUGGUAAAGGACAUGGCACCAACAGUGUUGGCGGCGGUCGUUGCUGGUUUCGACCAGCAAACGCUGGACGAGCAGCAACACGCAGUGGCGAUCGUAGUGUGGCUGGUCGUGCUGGUACUGGUUUUGCCGUUGGGGUGUCUGAGUGACAUUUCGACGUUGCGCUACUCGUCGUACUUUGGCGUGGCCUUUUCGCUCUAUCUGGUCGGUGCCGUCGCCUACCGCGCUCUGGUCGGCGGUGGGGGUGAAGCUGACCAAGUUGAUGCAUUCGCAUCUGUUCCAGAGCGCGAAACACCCUUGUUCUGGCGCAUCUCGGAAGUGGCGGGCAUUUACAACUUCACCUUUAUGCUUCAUUUGAAUGUGAUCCCGCUGCUCGUACAACUUGUGGCAGCGGAAGGGACGAGAAGGCAGGAAGUGUGUGACGAGGAAGUCGACGCCCGUGGCAGCGCCAAAGCUUUCGUAGCUGUUCCGAUCUUGCGCGACGCGAGAAAAACGAUGCGGAUGUAUCUCGCUCUGGCGGUCAGUGCAUGUGUGUUGCUCUACGCGAUUUUUGGUGUCUGCGCCGCGCGGAUCUACGGACGCCAAACGCAGGGCAACAUCCUGCUCAACCUCUCGAGUGACCGGAUCAUGGCAGUGCCUCGCGUCGCUGUUCUAUUGACGAUCCUGCUGUCAUUUCCACUAUUGUUUCACCCGCUUCGAUCGCUGGUGCUCGAAAUGAUUGCGGUCUGUACUUCUCCAAGUGUUGAGAAAAAAGUGGAUGACGAGCGAGGGCGAGAACCCCGACGUGUCUCCCAAUCCGUGCAAGCUGUUGUGACCGUGGUGCUACUGGGUGCACAGAUUCUUUGUGCCUUGCGUGUGCCAGGACUGCAAGUGGUAUUUUCGUUUGUGGGGGCCAGCAUCUUGCUGAUGCUGUGUUACCUGUUUCCGCUGGUAUUCUACAUACAGCUUGCGCCUUGGCGCUCCGGCCGUAAGGAACGAACACGCCUCAUUCUAUUGCUGGCACUGGCCGUGGUCGCAGUCGCAUUAUCUGUCGCUGCUACGCUACAGCUCGUGGUAUCUGUAUGA